AUGCGAAAAGAAGGGUGUGCUGAAGUAAAUCAUUACAAUAAAUCUGCAUCUCAAAGAUCGCAAGUAAGCCAAUCAACAAGGUUUCGACUAGUAAUUGAAAAUAAUGUGAGCAGAACAAUUUACAAAAAGGAAACUGUAGAGAUCGAGGAUGGCGGAGGUCACAUAAAAGUUGCCAUGUAUGAUGGUGUCAAUCGAAUUGCACAUGACCACCUUCUUGCUUCAGCAAAAGUUGACCUAGUUGUCAUUGAAGGAUGUUUCAAUGAACCAAAGCGAGAUUCUUGGUCUAAAGAGGAGUUUGAGGAAAGCAUAAUAAAACCUCGAAAAGGAAUCACAAGGCUAGUGAAAAAUGGUACAUUUGAUCUGACUGAUGGGUGUUGUGAUCAUGAAGGUGCCAUUAUUAUGGAUAAUUCGCAACAAAGGGAAGUUAAGCUUGGAGUAAUGAUUGCAGUGCCUACAGGUGUAAGAGUUCUUGAAGGAGUAUCAAAUCCUUUCAAAGUGCAAGAAGGCAAGACAAAAAAGCCAGGAUCAAAUAAAAAGGGUAAAAAGCCUUCUCCAGUUCCAAUGCGAAACUUGGCACAGACAACCAGCACCCACACAACACAACAUGGCCAAAGUCCUGUUACUCCAGACGAGCAACAUAGUCAUCCACCACCUGCCAUUCAAGACGUAUUGCAGAAAUCAGAAUGUGGAAAGCAUACAGAAUUUCUGACUGAUGACACUGCAGUGGAUAAUCGAGUGAGUUAUCCACCAGCUAUUGUGCCACAGAUGGUUGAGGGAAAUGGGCAAGCCCUAAACUGCAACGGUCAACAGUUUUCUCAACAAAUCCCAGUGCAAAUCUUGUGGCAGCCAACCAAUGCACACUCAAUGCAAAAUGGUCAAGACUAUAGUCUGCCACAAACAAGCAUUCAGAAUCCAUCGCAGGCAGCAGGAUAUUGUCCAGUCUAUCAACCCUUACUUGCUCGUGAACAAGAUCAGUAUACUAGUUUCUUUGAUGCAAGUUGUCAACUUGCAUUUCCCAACCUUUCAGCAUACACGGCAUUGAAUGAUAUUCACCAGUGGACUUCCAUCCCUGAAGGGGAGAUAUCUGUGGAUGAUGUACAUAAUUUAAUUGUCCCGACACAAAUUCAAGAUACUUAUGGGUCAUUUAGAUGUGGUCAAGUAUUACUUCAAUGGGAUAAGCCUCAUGUGGAGCCCAAGGAACACUGGAACUUCCUUGACGAGCUCAUGCCGCUGCAUAGCACACAGUCAAGGUUUUAUGGAGAAAGUUUCCCCAGUACAAGCCUCAUGGAUAAAGUCCAUAAGUUACUUGCCAGCACUUCAUCAGGUGAUUCUGUUUUGAAGAUGAUUACCGGUGUUAUGAGUCGAGCCAUGCAGACUCCUCAGAGGAGAGGCGUUCUCAUUCGUGCAAUUGAGCCAUAUGAUUCAGAUGAUAAGCCCCCGGUUAAGAAGCAAAGGAACGCCAAAUAUCAACUGCGGUUUGUCAACAGGGUUCGCAAUGACUACUACACCCAGGAACAAAUCAAAUCAGAGGAUGGGAAUCUCUUAAAGGUAGCUUUGUAUGAUGAGAAUAAUCUGGUAGUCACAUCUGGUCCGCUGUCUUCAGCUUCUGUGGAGGUCGUAUUACUUCAUGGCGAUUUCAAUGCUGAUGGCCAAGAUUAUUGGACAUCACAGGAGUUCAGUGCCUGCCUAGUGCAUUCACAAUCUGUAGAAGAACCACCAGCCUUGGGAGGUGAUCGUGUCUUGGCACUGACUCAUGGAGAGGCAGACGUUGGUAAUGUCAGUUUCCAGAUUUCCUCCUUCCAUGCCAGAACUGGAAAGUUCAAGAUGGGUGUUGAGAUAAAAAACGUACGAGAAGAGAGUGUUCAACAAGGAAUCACUAGCCCAUUUCUCGUGAGAGUUCGCCAAGGAGAAGAAUCAAGUCACCAUCGGAUCACAUCUCCCGAAGCGUUGCUCAGAGUAAGAAUGGAAUUGCCCAAACAAGUCUGCGGGGCGCUGCAGUGCGAUGCCACGGAAAACGUCUGCGAGUCAUCGGAUCAGUCGUCGCCGGAGAGAAAUGUCUUGGUGGCGUCGAAGGUGGACGACCAUGACAGCAUAGUACAGAGCGGGAGCGGCGUGUUAUUAUUCCCAGCCCCGCCGCCGUCGCCGGAGCAGGCGCGGGUGCCGCAGCCGGAGCCGGGGCUCAACUGCCCGCGCUGCGACUCCACCAACACAGAGUUCUUCUUCUUCAACAACCACUCCGUCACACAGCCCCGCAACUUCUGCGGCGAAUGCCGCCUUGGGCUGGGCGCCGCGCUUGACAUCGCGGAUCGCGCCGCCGGGGCUCCAGCAGCGGCCGCCUACGUAGCUGCCGCGUCAGGGACGUCAACGUCGACGAAGCCCAGCACCACUGCCACCGCUUCCGCCACCUCUGCGCCAAUGUCGAUGGUGGAGCGGGCGCGGUUGGCCAAGGUGCCGCAGCCGGAGCCGGGGCUCAAGUGCCCGCGCUGCGACUCCACCAACACCAAGUUCUGCUACUUCAACAACUACUCUCUCACCCAGCCCCGUCACUUCUGCCGCGCAUGCCGCCGCUAUUGGACCCGUGGCGGCGCGGUCCGUAACGUCCCCGUGGGCGGCGGAUACAGGCGCAGCGCCAAGUCCAAGGCCUCCCGCAAUGUCCCCGUGGGCGGCGGGUACAGCUGCCACGCCAAGCGCAGCGCAAAGUCCAAAGCCUCCGACGGAGAACCUGCGGCGGCAACAGGGACAGCAUCGUGUGCAUUGACGGCACCGAAGCCCGACACUCCUUCUUGCACCGGCACCGCACCGCCGGGUCUCCACCACUACUCCAUGUUCUGCACCAAGAGCGAGUCGCCGCACAGCAAUCGGUUUGCCGACAACUUCGACCUGGCGAGCUUCCGCCUUGGCUCCCUCUUUGCUGACGGAGGCGUGCACCACCAGCCGGUGUUGCAGGGGAUGUUCGACUUAGGGCUUCAGAGAGGCGGCGGCAAUUGCAAGGACGGAGCCAGUUCCACCACCACGUGA